AUGGGAGAUACUGUGGGGACUCGCGAGCCCCGGACCCGUCCGAGAGAGCGAGACCCAGAGCGGCGCCCGCACCCGGACCGAGACCGCCACGUCGAGCGGCCCCGGGACCGAGCCGGGGACAGGCAUCGGGAGAGGAACGGUGACGGGAGAGGAAACGGGGACCGUCGGGCGGGCAGGGAACGGAGGACGGACCGAGACCCGCGCCAGGACAGACACCGGGACGCGGGCCAUCGUGCUGCUGAACAGAGAGCCUGGGAGAAGCCCCGCCAAAGCCGUGCGCGGCCCGAGCCCUGGGUACCCAGUUGGGACACAGCCCCGAUCCCCGGGCCCGCGCCCUGGGGGGCCCCGGAGCCGCCGCCGAAGCAGGGCCUCGGGCGCCGCGGUUUGGACAGUGAACUCGCUUCGGAAAGAUACAUGUCCGUGCACUCCCAGCCUGCACAACGGGAAGAGGAAUACUACCAGUCUGAAGCUGAGGGGCUCCUGGACUGCCACAAAUGCAGAUACUUGUGCUCAGGGAGAGGUGUGGUGCAGAUAGUGGAGGUGAUUUUGAAUGGCAUGGUUCUCAUAUGCAUCGUGGCCUCCUACUUCGUCCUGGCUGGCUUCAGCGCCAGCUUUGCCAGCGGCAGCGGCUUCGGGAAUAACUACUACUCACCUUUUGAGGGCACGGAGCUGGAGCAGGUUCGGCAGCUGGACCAGCGGUACACGAUCCUGCGGUCGCCCCUGAUCUAUGGUGGCGUGGCUGUUUCCCUAGGGAUGGGCGUCCUCACGAUGGGUGUUUUACUGCGGGGAGCCAAGAGUCUGAGGAAGCUGCCUGGGAGGUGGCUGCUGCUGGAGGCCGCCUUCAGCCUCUUGGCCGCGGUAGGCUACUGCGUUGGCAUUGGCAUUUACCUGCACACUGCAUUGCGCAUCAAUUCCACCGACACCUGCAAAACCAGAGAGAGGCUCUACGCCCGCAGGGGUCUCACCUGGAUGAACUGCCAGCUGGCGGGCACUGAUGGGGCAGCGGCCACCUUCGCUUGUCUUCUGGUGAUUAUGUACACGGCCAGCGUAGUGCUGGCCCUGCGGGCCUACCGAGAACAGAAGCGCUGCAAAGACAGCCAGGAACAGCACAGAAAUUACAGUGAUGUCCCAGAAUACGUGUGGUCUGGGACGCUCUAAGGAGAUCUGGACUCUGUUUCUCCCCUACAAGCACAUGGGUAGACAACCAUGAUUUCCUAAGCUUCCCCCAGGCACUGCAGCAGAGUUAAGUUGUAAAAGUCUGUUGGCGGUCCCAAUGAAAGCUUGGGGGAGGGGGGAGGUCAUAUUUGCUGAAAAGAGCCAUCUGGUAAGGCUGGGUAUGCUCUCGUGGUAGGGCUCUUGCCAUGUUGUGAGGUGGAUAGUGCUAAGUAGGAGACUAGCCAAAGACAUUCUGAGAGCUGAGAACACAUCAGCGGGUAGUAUAUGCGGAGCCACCACAGGAACCCUUCCUCAGCUAUCAACAGCUACAGUGGAAAACAUGAAAAAAGGCAAGCUUCAGGACCGGAGAGAUGAUGGUUCGGCUGUUAAAAGCACUGGCUGCUCUUACGGAGGAUCCAGGUUCCCUUCCCAACACGUACAUGUCUCACAAGAGUCCAGAACUCCAGUUCGUCUUCUGGACUCCAGGGGUACUGCACGAGCGUGAUGGUACACAUACAA